AUGUUUGAAGGAUACAAGUUUUUCAAAGCAGAUCCUAGCCUAGGGCAAAGGUCAACGUGGGCCCGGGCAGAGCGAAUUAAAUUGCAAAUCGAACAGAACGAGCUCUACUCCAUGGUCCAUGAGCGGGCAGACGCUUAUUCUGCUCAACAGCAAUAUCAACAUGUGGGCUACAACUGCCGUGCACAGAUCAACCAACUGAUCCAAGAUCGACAAGAUGAGGAUCCACGGACUAAGUGGAGCUGUGUGUAUGUCAAACAAACAGUCUUCAUGUUGGUCAUCAUCAUGGGGAGACCAGCGCAAAUGGGAAAAUAUCCCAGAACACCUAUGGGAGAUCUCGUGGAUCUCAGUCCCAGAGCUCUCCUUUACCCGCCCGAGAGCGAGAAGAAUUAUCCCGGAUAUUCCAGUCUAGGUGGAGAUUAUGGAAUGUCACAAUACCCCGACCACUCAUAUCAAGUGGCUCCAACAUCACCAGCCUGUACGCCCUUUUCUUACCCCGAACAUCGCCUUAACCUGGAUCAACUCCCGCUAUAUCAAAGUGGGCGAAAUAGUAGCCAGGGGAGGUAUUUACCUCAGGCUUCCAGCCUCGACGAUCAGAAGUUCAUGCCACCAAAUCGCUCUAAGCCUGACGAGACUUUCUGUCAAGGAGUGCUAUCACAGCCCCCCGUUGAGUUUCAGCAAAUGAACCCAAGCCACGCCCAUCACCAUCGCAAUUUAGAUUUUUCCGACAAGGCGAUAACUCAGUCCGGAAGAUCGGAAUCUGUGACCAUCCCUAUGACACUCACACGAUCUUCCAGCUUUGCUGAAAAUCAAUCAUGUCACCACGACCCUAAGAGAAUUUGCCAAUCCACUCAGCCUCGUCAAAGCAACGAAGCCCAUUGUCAAGAAUUUCGGGAUAAUGGAACCUGCGAUGAAGGAGAAGCGCAAGGACGGUAA